CACCCUGCCAGGAAGGGUGUGAGCUAUCAGCCUGGUUUGACAUUCUCAAGCAAAAGGAACUCCCUCACUCUCUCUUUUUCAUUUCUCUCUCGUUACUGCCUUAGACAGCACACGGCUAAAAUCAUGGAUCUGUACCUCGUCCUGCUGUUAGGUUUUCUCUCAGCGGUCAAGUUGAGCCAAGCGCAACCGCCAGUGGAGGAGGAACCUGUUGUAGCAAGAAAUGUGGAGCCUCUGGGAGGCUGGAUCGAAGCCCAACCUGAAAGAUCAGAUGUCCAAGAAGCUGCUAGAAAAGGUGUGGAGAAAUUUAACAUGAAAUCCAAGGCCAAGAAGUACUUCAAGCUUCUGGACAUCACAUCCGCAAAAAUACAGGUCACCAACAUGAUAAACUUCAAGAUUGAAGCGACUGUUGCAAAAACAAAGUGUCUAAAAACAAAGCCGGCAGAUUUGGAAACCUGCGCUUUGGGCCGAAAGCGGCUGACGUGCAAUUUUGUAGUUGAGUACAACCCGAGGAACGAUCAGCAUGUUGUGAAGAUGCUCUCUUGUAAGAAAUGAUCCUGCUUUUAACGUGGACCUGGGAACAGACUGUACUUACUAAUCUACAGUACUGCCCAGAAGUCAGAGACCACUCUUCAUUUCUUUAAUUUCUAGUCAACUGGCCAUUAAGUACAAAUUAUUCAUUUAUCAGGAGAUAUUUCUGAAAAGAUUGGAUAUAAGACAAUUCACUUGCAUAAGGAUGGGGAAAGUCAAUGGAAAAUAAGCAAAAAACAAGAGUUUAAAAAGUACAUAAAAAAUGGAAUUCCUAACAACCACCUGCAAGACCUGGUAGACCACCAACACUGUCCCAAUCAGAUAAUCAGUACUUAAAGCUUUUAUCUGUCUGAAAGAGGAAAACAUCAAGCUCAACUCUUGGGUGGGCACAUUAAAUACUGAAUGUUUUGAUAUGUAGUUGUUGAAUCUUGUGUGGCAUUUUCUGUUAAAUACACACACACACACACACACACACACAC